GAUGCGGGAAGCGUUCGUCCUCCGCCACGCCGGCUCCGCCCCUUCAGGCACCCAGGGAGGGGCUGCGCCUGCUGCAGGACCCUGCCAGUCAGGAGCCGCUUCCCGCCGCCGCCGACACCGCCAUGGUCUCCUGGAUCAUCUCCCGCCUCGUGGUGUUGAUCUUCGGCACCCUCUACCCCGCGUACUCCUCCUAUAAGGCCGUGAAGACGAAGAACGUGAAGGAAUAUGUGAAGUGGAUGAUGUACUGGAUUGUGUUUGCCUUUUUUACCACUGCAGAAACACUUACAGACAUUGUUCUUUCUUGGGCUGAGAGAUGCCCUGUUUAUGGAGUUUUCAUGGCUAUGGAUGAAAGACUAAGUGAGACUCGGAGCAGGUUUCCCUUUUAUUUCGAGCUGAAAAUCGCAUUUGUCAUUUGGCUGCUCUCCCCUUACACCAAGGGCUCCAGUGUCCUCUACAGGAAGUUUGUGCACCCAACGCUCUCCAAUAAGGAGAAGGAAAUCGAUGAAUACAUUACUCAGGCUCGUGACAAGAGCUAUGAAACCAUGAUGCGAGUUGGCAAGAGAGGGUUAAACCUUGCUGCCAAUGCAGCAGUUACUGCAGCUGCAAAGGGCCAGGGAGUUUUGUCUGAGAAGCUGCGAAGUUUCAGCAUGCAGGAUCUCACCCUUAUCCGGGAUGAAGAUACCGUGCACCUGCGAAGCCGGGAGCCACAGCUGCACCCAUCUGGUGGGAGUCUUCUUGAAACCAUUGAGGAUUCAGCUUCCUGUUACUCCUCAGGAGAGGAGAGCAGUAUGGCACAGAGGUCUAAUGGAACCCCACUGGAGACUAGAACAGACCCAUCAGAUGAAGAUGCAGGGGAUAAACUUCCUAAACGUACCCAGAGUCUCAAAACUCCUAAGAAGAUGACGAAAGCUGAGCUUCCAGUAAGAAGUGUCAAAGCCCGUCCCAAGAAGAAAGCUGCAGGCUCUCUUGCUUCUGUUGAGUCAUCCUAAGACAGCCUCCCCUUCCCCAGCACCUGUCUCUGUCCUGGGAUUUACCUGUCACUUGAGGGGAAAUUCUCCAAAGGAAGGGAGCUGAGAUUCAUGUACAUAACAGAUACUGCUUUGUAGAGCUCAUUCUGAGGCAAGGGGGAGGUUGGGAUUCAGAACAUGGAGUAGAGGAUACACAUCCUCAGGAAUUUUCUCCUUUUCAUCUCUCUGUUGGAGGGAAUGUUGAUACGUCUGUACAUAGCCUGUUGCUUUGGAAUUCUCACUGUAUAAACCUAGUUGAGGAGAGUCUUUGCUGGGAGAACUGACUAGGCUUAGAGACAUCCAUUGCACAGAAGCUGGAAAAAUAUUAGACACUGGAGUUCCACAGGGGUGAGUGGCUCCCUAAAAUGUCUUGUCUUGCUCUGGGUAUUCUUCUGCAGAUGUGUGUUGUGAAGAAGUGCCCACAAUGAAUCAUCCUCCUUAAGAAUGGACUGAAACCAAUCAUGGCCAUCCCCUUUGAGAAAGUGACUGAAAUGAUGUAUGCUGAGUGCUUUUGAAUCUAAUGGACUGGCUCAUGGGAGGAGUAUGCUAGAUACACAUUACUAGUACUGGAAGGUGAAGAGAUUGGUUUUGAUUUUUUUCUGGAAGGUGAAGGGAGAUAAUUGAAAAACUGAGUAAUGAAGAAAACGUGCUCUUAAAUGCACCUGUGGUGAAGUAGAUACUGUAACUGUAGUUACAGUAGUAACUGUAACAGUUAACUAUUGAGAAAGAAAGUUGGGCAUUCAUAAGAUUUCAGCUCUUUUUGAAGCUGCUUGAAUUUUAUUUCAGGUUCUGUUGUUCAUUUUGAUUCCUGUGAUACCAUCAGUGUGAGGCGAGUCCCAUGUGGUGGGAGAAGUUGGCAGGGAGACCGUUGCUUUGCCAUUGAGCGAUUGAACUCCAUGUCAUCCUGAUGCUCGUUACUUCAGACAGUUUUUUCAUUCUGGCAGAUGACUGGGGAAAAUCUCAAUGUAGUCUGCAGGCAUGUUGAGAAUUUCAGGAGCCCUUAUCCUCUGUACUGGAUUUAGGAAAUCCAGUCAUCAGUGUAUGAGAACUAAUAAAUAGCUGAUGUAUGAAUUUUGCU